CCGAUUCGCAACUGUGCAAGGGUUGCCAGCGUUGCCUGGCUUUCUACUGGCCGUGCUGGGCUCCACUUUGCUGGAGCCUAUGUUUCAAGCGCAUUGCAGUCCUCAGUUGGCUCAAACGGACCGGAAGAGCUUGGCUUCUAGGUACAGCAUCAUGGCCCGCCUUACCAGCCUGGUCUUGGUUGCCGCAUGCGUACUCCUUGGCAGCCGCCUCUCCACGCUGCUCUUCGCUAGCGCUCCCUCCCAGCAGCUGCGAAGCCGCGUGAUCACCCGGGCCGUGGACGAGCGCGACGAGGGCUUGGUGCUCAUCACGCCGGAGGAGUCUGGGAAGGUGGUGAAGAGGGACGUGAACAACAACCCUCCCCGCAUCGUCAUGAAGACCAACGACUGGGACCAGCCGGAGAUCCAGCUGAGCACCGGCGCCAGCAACCAGAUCAACUACAUCACCCCGGUGGUUGCCUCCGAUGACAUCAAAGCCUGGCUGUCGCUGAAUGUGAACUUCUUCUCCAUCCUCGCGCUGCUGACUGUGGGCGGCAUCAUCGAGAUCCAGCGCUUCUUCCCUGACACGCUGUACUGGUGAGAGGUUGAGACGCCAUGCCAUGGCCGCGUAGUCUGAUGUCACGGGCGCUCUUGGAAAGGAAGGGCUUUCCAUAGCACGAAUUGUCUUUUCUUACACCCCA